GCGGCCCGCUGUGUUUGGAGUACACGGAGAGAGAGGAAGCAACAUGGCGACUGCGAGCGACCCGAAGCGGGACGCCGGCCAUUCGCUUUGAGCUUUCUCGCGGUAACCGAGUCCGUGGCUUCACUGGACUACUGCAUCCGUAUCUCUGCGAGUUUAGCUUUCCGUCGGUGCCUGAAAAUUGGAGUUUUCUGCACUUCCGGUGCGCGCUAGGACUGAAAAAGAAAAGAAUAGGUUUUUCUAUGUGUAAUGAGGGGGAGAAGAGGCAGGCCGCCCAAAACCCUGCUGAUGCAGGAGCCUUCUCCAGGGCCGGUGCGCGGUCUCAGACCCCGGAAAGGAUUAAAGGGGAAGGGGAGAGGAGGCAGCGACGACGAUUUUGUGACACCCAAGCGGGGAAACCCUCAUUCAUCGCGGGGGAAGAGGAAAGCUGGAUCCGCGACAUCGCGGGGUAGAGGCAGGGGCAGAGGAGCUGGAAGAGGCAGGGGGAGACGGAGCGCUGCUAGCGCCGUGGUGUACGAUGACCACGAGAGCGAGGAAGAGGAGGAUGCGGUGAGUUUAGCCUCGGAGGAGGAUGACUAUAUGGAAGAAGAGCCUCUCACGGAGGAAGAAGAUGAGGUCAUCGACAACGAGUCGGACUACCUCGAAGAGCUGCCCGAGGAUGAUGAUGAUGAUGCCAGCUACUGCACGGAGAGCAGCCACGGCAGCACUCCAGGCCGGAGGAGACGGCGAGCCCGUCGACCGCCCUCUCCCGUACUGGAGCAGAAAGAGAUCCCUCCCCUGGAGCUGCCAAAGUCCUCAGAGGACCUGCUCAUCCCCCCCGAGCAGCUCCUGAACGCUUCAGCCGUGUACGAGGUGCUGCGCACUUUCAGCACAGUGUUACGUCUCUCGCCCUUCCGCUUUGAGGACUUCUGUGCAGCGCUGGCGGGCCAGGAGCAGUGCGCACUGCUGGCCGAGACACACAUAGCGUUACUCAAGGCCAUUCUGCGUGAGGAGGACUCCUCCAAUACCACAUUUGGGCCAGCUGACCUUAAGGACAGCGUCAACUCUACUCUGUACUUUGUGGACGGCAUGACGUGGCCCGAGGUGGUGCGAGCGUACUGCGAGAGUGAACCCGAGUACAGCGGCGCUGCACUCGAGCACCUGGAGGCUGACGAGUACCCGUACGGGCCGCUGGAGAGCAAGGUGAAGGUGCUGCAGUUCCUUGUCGACCGCUUUCUCACCACUAACAUGGCUCGUGAAGAGCUGAUGAGCGAAGGAGCCGUGCAGUACGACGAUCACUGCCGCUCGUGCCACCGCCUCGGUGACCUGCUCUGCUGCGAAACAUGCUCGGCUGUCUACCAUCUAGAGUGCGUGCGGCCGCCUCUGGAGGCCGUGCCCGAGGAUGAGUGGCAGUGUGAGAUAUGUGUAGCACAUCGUGUGCCCGGUGUCAGCGACUGCGUCACAGAGGCCCAGAGGAGCCGCCCGUACCUGCGGCAGGAGCCCAUCGGCUACGACCGGCACCAGCGGAAGUACUGGUUCCUCAAUCGCAGGGUUAUUGUGGAGGAAGAUGGUGAUGAGGAGGAGGAGAAAGGGAAGAAGAUCUGGUACUACAGCACUAAAGUGCAGCUGGGGGAGCUGAUCGAGGUCCUGGAUAAGGAAUUCUGGGAGAAUGACCUCUGUGCUAUGCUGGAGGAGCUGAGGGAGGAGAUCCAUGCGCACAUGGACAUCACGGAGGACCUCACCAACAAGGCUCGCGGCAGCAACAAGGCCUACCUCACUGUCGCCAACGAUGAGAUCCUCGAAAGGCAGAAGUCUCGUCAGGAGGAGCUCGAUGAGGUGAAGCAGAAAGCUGCAGAGAAGGACGGCCUUGGGUCAAAGGUCAAUGAGGGAUCUGAGGGUGAUAACCCAGCCUCAUCUAUUGCUGACCUGUCUUCUCCACGACCGGACUCCGAAGACGGGACUUCGGCCAGUGACAAGCUUGCGGCUGACGCCCCAGCUCCUCCUGCUGGUGAAGAGAGUAAGAGUGUGUGUGGGCGCCCUCAGGCCGACUCAUCUGGCCCAUCUAAAGCCGACCCUCCAUCCUCAUCUGCGGCAGAGAACCCUGGGGAAGGGGCGCAGAGGGAAUGGGCAGAAAAAAGCUCAGAGUCGGGUUGUGGAGGCAGUGGAGAGCCCGUCCUGGAGAGCGAGCCACCGCAGAUUGCUGAUGAGAACAGCUGCAGCAGUCACUUCUCAAUUUCUGACUGCUUGAGGGCUCCUGAGGAGCCUGACCUCGCAGACCGCUCUUCUCAGUCCUCCCUUAACAGCCAGGACGAUGCCGGUGAGGGUAAAGGAAAUGGCGAUGGUGGAAAGACAGGGUCGGCAACACGCAUGGUGACACGUCUCCGAAACCCGGAAAGCAAAUUAAGCCAGCGCAAGGUCAUGCAGGACAAGGACGCCAGCUCACAGGACAGCAAAGCACUUAAAGAGACUCCUCUGCUGUCCAGCUUGGUCAGGAAAGACCUAGGCCUGAAGACCAGCUCCAGCAGCGGCUUCUUCAAGCUUGGCCAAGAAGGCAAAUUCCGCGUCUACCACAACCAGUACAGCACAAACCCUCUGGCACUUAACAAACACCAGCACCGCGAGGACCACGACAAGCGACGGCACCUCUCACACAAGUUCUGCAUGACGCCUGCCGGAGAGUUCAAGUGGAACGGCUCAGUGCACGGCUCGAAAAUGCUGACCGUGUCCACGCUGAGGCUUACCAUCAUCCAGCUGGAGAACAAUAUCCCUGCACCUUUCCUGCAUCCCAACUGGGCCUCACACAGGUCCAACUGGAUAAAAGCUGUCCAGAUGUGCAGCAAAGCGAGAGAAUUUGCCUUGGCGUUGGCCAUUCUGGAGUGUGCAAUUAAACCAGUGGUCAUGCUCCCAGUGUGGAAGGAUUCUCUCGGUCACACAAGGCUCCAUCGAAUGACCGCUAUGGAGCGGGAGGAGAAGGAAAAGGUGAAAAAGAGAGAGAAAAAGCUGGAGGAUGAAGAGACGAUGCAGCAGGCAACAUGGGUGAAAUACACGUUCCCCAUUAAGCAUCAGGUGUGGAAACAGAAGGGCGAGGAGUACAGAGUGACUGGUUAUGGUGGCUGGAGCUGGGUCAGUAAGACCCAUGUCCCACGCUUUGUCCCUAGAUUACCUGGAAACACAAAUGUAAACUAUCGAAAAGCACUUGAAGCAGCUAAUACUGGCAAGGAAAGUCAGACAUCCUGCCCAGAGAAAUGCCAAAACCCAAUCCCUGAAACCCCAAAGGAACACUCAUCUAGAGAGGAGCAAACACUCAAAGAGGAGGAUGAAAAAAAGGGAGAAAAGAUGGAGGUGGACGAGAAGGCUGUGGCUAAGAGUGAUGAGCUUAACAAAAAUGAAGCCUCUGAAAAGAUGGACAUGAGCACCCCUGACUUCUCUAGCCCCAGUGAAGAAAAAGUUAACAAUAAAAGCACACCCUCACCUUUGAAGAAUGAUCAGUGUGUGAAAGGGGAAAGUAUUGAUUGUGAAGAGUCCAAAGUCAGUGCAGCAGGUCAGCCUCAGGCGUCAAUUGAAGAUGAUGUUGUUAAUGUCAGUCAGGGCUUUCAGCUACGCACAGCUUACAAGAAGAAGGGCAAAGGAUCAAAGCUGGAUGGUCUUCUGGAGCGGCGGGUCAAGCAGUUUGCAUUGGAGGAGAGACAGAGGCUGGAGAAGCUCAAGCAAGUUGCUGCCUCAAAACCCAACACUGAAAAUGGGACAAAGGAUCAGGAGAAGACUUGUCCAUCUCUGAACCAAGAGCUUAAAACUGAAGGACCUUCUUUUGAAGCUACAAAAACUGUUCUGCCUGAUAAGGCAGCAAUCCCAAUGGUGAAGGAAAAAGAUCCUGUAGUACAAAAGCUUGAGUUUGACCAAGAUGAGCAGGUGACACAUGGUUCUUCAGAACGGACUGAAAAUCUUGAUGUCAGACAGGGAUCCAAUGUAAAGACUGAAGCAGCUGCAUCUCUUGCAGAAAAAGAGCAGAAAGUAGCACCAGAACCAGAGCACAAAACAGGGAAUGGCACAUUAAUAACAGACGCUGAGCUUAAUGGAGGUUCUCAGAAAGAUCUGGAAGGCAGCCUUAACUUAAACAGCAAAAUGGCAUGUCCGAAAUUUGAGGGUACAGAGACGAAGGAUACAACUGAAAACAGUUCUUCCAUGGGAGAGAAUGGCUUAAGUAUAGAAACAAACUUGCCAGUUCAUGUCAAUGGCAGAGAUGGUUCAAUGGAUUCUCUGCCCACAAAUAUGACCAAUAAUAUCAACUCGAAAGAAAUGAAGCAGGGUGAAGAGGAGGAGACAGAAAUGCUUCCUUCCAAGGAUCCCAUAAAAUCACUAAUGAAUGGUGACCUGACUCAAGACAGCCAGAACGAGAAAGCUCAGCCUAAUGAGGAGACCCGGAUGGACAAGUCAAACUUGGAGUAUCUGCCCUCUCAGAAGGUUGCCAGACUGGACGGCAACUCUGAGGGCAUAGCUGAUUCUGCUAUUAGUUCUUCUCCCUCCCAGCUUUCCCCAGCAGAAACUGUAAAGUCAGAUGGGCUUAGUAACAGUACCAAGGUAUCACCAAUGGAGACUGAAGAGUCCAGGUUGAAAACUUUCAGCCCCUCGCCCAUUCUGGACUCAACGGAGGAGUCCAGCCUAAGCAGUGAUGUUGCUGAGAAUAGCACUAACAGUGGUAGCGGAGUCCAGACCAUAAUUACGCAAGUCACCACUACUACCACUACAACCACUACAGUGUCUGAGUCACACACUGUUGAAGCAUCCAGCUUGCUCGAUGGUACCACUAACAGUAAAGCUUGUUCAGCAUUGACAUCAGCUGAAUCAAAAGUGGAAUCCACCAUGUCAGUCUCUACUCUUUCCACUACAACUACCACCACAGUUACCAAGGUUACAAACCCAUCCCAUGGAGCCAAAAUUACAGAACAGUGCAAGACUGUUGUCACAGCAACAUUUACUGAUGCUAAAUCAGCACCCUCAAGUACCUCUGUGACCUCCAUCACCCUGAGUAAGGAGUACUCCACCAGAGACAGAGUGCGGUUAUUGAAGUUCUCCCGUUGCAAGAAGACCCGGUCUGGUACGGCUCUGCCUUCAUAUCGCAAGUUUGUAACAAAGAGCAGCAAGAAGAGCAUUUUCGUUCUCCCGAACGAUGACCUAAAGAAGCUUGCAAGGCGAGCAGGUAUCCGUGAGGUGCCUGUCUUUAAUUACAAUGCCAAGCCAGCUUUAGACAUCUGGCCCUAUCCAUCCCCAAGGCCCACAUUUGGAAUCACAUGGAGGUACCGGCUUCAGACAGUAAAGUCUUUGGCUGGAGUGAGUCUGAUGUUACGCCUGCUUUGGGCAUGCCUCAGGUGGGAUGAUAUGUCAGUGAAGCCCUCUCCUGCUGUUGGAACCACGCGCACAGAAACAUCUGACACUGAGAUAACGACAACAGAGAUUAUUAAGCGAAGAGAUGUGGGACCUUAUGGUAUUCGCUCAGAGUAUUGCAUCAGGAAAAUUAUUUGCCCCCUGGGUGUGCCUGAGACUCCCAAAGAGACCCCCACACCCCAAAGAAAGGGUCUGCGCUCAAGUGCUCUGCGGCCAAAGAAACCAGAGCCCUCUAAGCAGACGGGGCCCGUUGUGAUGGAGAACUGGGUGCCAGAGGAGGAGCUGGAACUGUGGGAGAUACGAGCCUUUACUGAAAGGGUUGAGAGGGAAAAGGCACAAGCAGCAGACCCAACUAAGGUUAGUGUGCAGAAGACAGCAGAGGAGGUCAAGGCCCAGUUGGAAGCUCAACUAAAGCAACAGAGAUUGGCAGCCCAACAGAAACGUUUGGAGCAGCAGAAAACUGGAGUAACCACAGUCCAAUCCAGCUUGAGCAGUACACCUACCAGCACUGCAUCUUCCACCCAGAAGGUGGUGGUAGGUUCUCUGACCAGUCCUGUCACCCCUGGGACAAAAGUGGUACUUGCCACCAAGUUAGGUACUCCGGUGCAAUUUCAGCAGGGCAAGAACUUCCAGCAGUCCUUUGCCUCCUGGGUCAAGCAGGGCCAAACAAGCAAUACAGCCUCCACUACUUCCGUUACCACAGUGGCAGCGAGUAGCGUCAGCACGUCUGGGCAAACGUUCCAGAUUGCCGCUGCCUCAGGCUUGAUGACUGGCAAUGUCAUCACCGCCAAACUGCCUCUGCCGGCCAACAGCAAGAUAGUCACAGUGAACGUGCCAACCACGCAAGGAGGUGUUGUCCAGGUGCAGCAGAAGGUUGUGGGCAUCAUUCCAUCAAGUACAGCACCCACGGCUCAGUCAUUCUCCUCAUUCCAGCCCCGUUCGGGCAGUGUCAACAUCCGACCCAACACCAGCACCUCUACACAGCAAGCCACUACUGGAACCCCUGUCCGGCCUGGGAUGACAGUAGUUCGUUCACCCCUCCAACAGGCCACAACAUUGGGCAAGACCAUCAUACGCACACCUCUAAUGGUUCAACAAGGUCAGGGUCAGCAGGUGGUAACUCAGAUCAUCCGAGGAACACCUGUAUCAAAGGCUGUAAGCAGCAGUACCCCAACGCAGGUGGUUGGUUCUCCCCCUCGACCCUCCACCCCCGGGCAGCCCCAGACUCCACAGACACCCAGCAGCACCCGACCACAGCAAGGCCAAGUUAAACUCACCCUUGCUCAGCUAACGCAGCUCACUCAAGGAGCUCAGGGUGGAAAUCCAGGUUUGACUGUGGUGAUCCAGGGUCAGGGGCAGACCACAGGGCAGCUGCAGGUCAUCCCACAGGGUGUGACUGUGAUCCCAGGUCCUGGUCAGCAGCUCAUGCAGGCAGCUAUGCCAAAUGGCCAGGUCCAGCGCUUCCUCUUCACUCCUAUGCCACCAGCACCAGCUACUCCAGCUCCCACUGUAUCCACACCCAGCACCUCAGCCACUCCCGCUAGCAGCAGCACAGCUACAACCACCACUGCCGGACCUACAACGCCAACGCGGCCAGCAAUACAACCUGCAGCCCAGGUCUCACCCAUCAUCCAACCCUCCAGCCUUCCUUCAUCUCCACCUUCUCUUUCUAAAUCUCAACCUACGUUACAGCCAACCACCACAUCCCAAACACCAACAUCAUCUGCUCCAGUUCCUGCUCUGCAAACUCAGUUUUCUUCACCGCAGGCCCCGCUGCAAACACAAUCCCAAAUCCAACCCCAAACUCAGUCACAACCACAAAGCCAGUCCCAAGCCCAACUACAUCAAAUCCAGCCACAAGCCAAAACCCAACCACAAAUUCAAAGCCAGCUACAGCAACAACCCCAAAUCCAGCCCCAACCCCAACCUCAAUCCCAGUUGCAGCACCAAGUUCCAUCACAACCCCAAUCACAGCUCCAAAUCCAGUCUCAACAGCAACCCAAACUCCAACCUCAGCAGCAGACUCAAGCCCAGCCACAACUUCCUCCCCAACAGCAACUCCAACCCCAACUCCAACUUCAGCCUCAACAGCAGCCCCAACACCAGGCACAACUUCCUCCCCAACAGCAACUCCAACUCCAGCCGCUACUUCAGCCUCAACAGCAAAUCCAACCCCAGCCGCUACUUCAGCCUCAACAGCAAAUCCAACCCCAGCCACAACUUCAGCCUCAACAGCAGUCCCAGCUCCACCCACAGCCUCAACAGCAGUCCCAGCUCCACCCACAGCCUCAACAGCAGUCCCAGCUCCAACCACAGCCUCAACAGCAAUCCCAGCUCCAACCACAGUCACAACAGCAAUCCCAACUCCAACCACAGCUUCAACAGCAAUCCCAACUCCAGCCACAGCCUCAACAGCAACUCCAAUCACAGCCACAGCUUCAGUCCCAUCAGAAACUCCAACCACAGCCACAGCUUCAGUCCCAACAGAAACCCCAUCCCCAGCCACAGCUUCAAACCCAGCAGCAACCUCAACUCCAUCCUCAGCUGCAACUUCAGCCUCAGCAGCAACCCCAACUCCAUCCCCAGCUGCAACAUCAGACUCAACAGCCACAACUCCUGCCUCAACAGCCUUCCCAUGUCCAACCGCAGCCACAACUACAGCCCCAACCUCAGUCUCAUUUGCCUGCUCAAACCCCAGUCCAGCCCACUUCCCCCUUACCUGUUUCUCAUGUAGCCCAAGUGACUUCGCCCCCAACACAGGUAGCCUCCAUUGCUGUAGCACCACAGGUAACCCAGACCACGGUAACUCAGGUUCGGCCUCAGAUCCAGCUCCCUGCCCAGCUUCUUAGUGUUCCAGGGAUCCAGCAACAAGUCCUGUCCCACAUCCAGAACCAAGUGGCAGCACAGCUCCAGGCCCAGCAUGGUACCCUUCCCCAGCAGAUCAAACUACAGCUGCCUAUCCAGAUCCAGCAGCAGGGUGGAGGUCAGGUGCAGACACAUCAGAUCCAGAAUGUGGUGACAAUUCAGACAACCAGCGUCCAGGAGCAACUCCAGCGCAUCCAGCAGCUGCGAGAUCAGCAGCAGCAGAAGAAGAAGCAGCAAGAGGCUAAGAGGGAGCAGGCUCAACAAGCUGCCAGCCAGAGCGAGCUGCUGCAGAAGCAGGUGGUCAUGAAGCAGAAUGCAGUCAUAGAGCACUUAAAGCAGAAAAAAGCCAUGACUCCUGCAGAGAGGGAGGAAAAUCAGAGGAUGAUUGUUUGUAACCAGGUGAUGAAGUUCAUACUGGAUAAGAUUGACAAAGAUGAAAAGCAGGCAGCCAAAAAGCGAAAGCGGGAGGAGUCAGUGGAGCAGAAGCGCAGCAAACAGAAUGCCAGCAAACUCUCGGCUCUGCUCUUUAAACACAAAGAGCAGCUGAAAGCUGAGAUCCUGAAGAAGAGAGCACUGCUGGAUAAGGAGCUACAGGUGGAGGUGCAGGAGGAGCUGAGGAAAGAUCUGAGCAAGCUGAGGAGGGAGAAGGAGAAAGCCCAGGCUGCAGCAUCUCAAGCAGCUGCCACAGCCAUUAGUGCCCAGACGGCCUCACUCUCGACACACCCCUCCACGGUUACUUCACCCCCCUCCAGCCAUAAACGCAAACGAGAUGAGGAGCGCGAUGCAGCCCUGUCUAAGAGCAAGAAGAAGAAGAUGAUCUCCACCUCGUCGAAGGACAGCAAGAGAGACACAAAACUGUACUGUGUAUGCAAAACACCCUACGACGAAUCCAAGUUUUAUAUUGGCUGUGAUCUCUGUUCAAACUGGUACCAUGGUGAGUGUGUGGGCAUCACAGAGAAGGAGGCCAAGAAGAUGGACGAUUACAUCUGUAUGGAAUGUAAAAGAGCACAGGAAGGCAGCACAGAGGAGCUCUAUUGCAUCUGCAGAACACCAUACGAUGAGUCGCAGUUCUACAUUGGCUGUGACCGCUGUCAGAACUGGUACCAUGGACGCUGCGUAGGCAUUCUGCAGAGUGAGGCGACUCACAUUGAUGAAUAUGUGUGCCCUCAAUGCCAGUCUACAGAAGAGGCCAUGACCGUCCUGUCCCCGCUCACAGAUAAGGAUUAUGAGGGUUUGAAGCGAAUCCUCCGCUCCUUACAGGCCCACAAAAUGGCAUGGCCAUUUCUGGAACCAGUGGACCCUAAUGAUGCUCCAGAUUACUAUGGAGUCAUAAAGGAACCAAUGGAUCUAUCCACAAUGGAACAGAGGAUACAGAAACGGUUUUACAGCAAGCUAACGGAAUUUGUAGCGGACAUGACCAAAAUUUUCGACAACUGCCGCUAUUACAACCCCAGUGACUCACCUUUUUACCAGUGUGCCGAGUUCUUGGAAUCCUUCUUUGUACAGAAGCUCAAAGCUUUCAAAGCAAGCAGAUUGAUGUCUUGAGUCUGACGUAUAGCUGGAAUCUAUGCUGAAGGGGUGGAGUUUCUCUUUUAUAGAUACAUGGAACUUGCUGUUUUACGAGCAGCUGAAACUCCACAUGAUUUUUAUAUUUAAGUUAAUUCAGUAAUUUUUUUCUUCCGAAGGGGGGGAAAAAAAAAACCUCAUUCAAAGCCAAAAGUGUCUCAAGCAUGGCUUCAUUGACAAUCACAGAAUGGCAGCCAUGUUGUUAAAUGAUGAAUACAAGAGAGAUGUCUUAAGUGCAUACAAGGUUAUGUGGAUUUUUUUAAAACCCUCUUGUUAAUAAUGUUCACGUAUUAGUAAUUAUGAUAUUUUAUUUGUAUAUGCCUAACAAUAAUGCCUUUUUUUCCCUCAAAUGUGUUUACUUUGGCACUGGUAAAAUAUUUUGUAUAUUUUAUUGUAAGAUGGAUUGGAUUAGUCUCUUAUGCAGCCUUUUUCGGUUCAUCCGCUUGUCCUGGACUAAUGCGUUGGUUUAUCAUGUGUUCUCAUAGGUGAAUAAAUCUUUGCUCAUCAUUCAUCUGCAAUAUUUUGUCAGUCGAACAAUAAUAAAAAGCUUGUAUUUAAAAUGUGUCUUUUGGCAGAUUCUGCUUUUAAAUCCUUUUGUGAAGGAUUUUAUGUUAUAAAAAUGGUGAUACAGAAUUGGAGAAUUGAAUAUUUUGUGUAGAGUUGUUAUACAGACCUUACCGUGACAUUUCGCUUUGAAUUCUUUUGUUAACAAAAUGCCAGUGACCCAUAUCAUAAUUAGCUACAAAAUUACUUACAGAAAUGCAGAAAAGAUUAAAUUCUAGAAAUGCAGCAAAAUGGCAGGAGGCCUUUCCUUGCAGAUUUAUGCCAACAUGGCUGCCAUGUCCACUCCCGUCCCAUAUCAUCACCCUCCGGGCAUUGCAUACGUGUCCUUUUGCUAUCUGUCUCAUUUCCUUUCAUUUGUCUCGUGUUUUUUUUUUUCCUCGUGUCAUAUCCGCUGUUCAAUAAAAACCUCAAACAGCUUCACUUCAGUUUGCUCUCUUUUGUAUUCUGUAGGUCUCAUAACAACAAACUACAGUCUUCAGCUUCAUAGAAUACAACCACACGUGGUGCUAACGCACAUCUCUAAAGGAUAUGUUUGGGGGGAGGGGGGAACUCUGAACAGUCGAUCCAAGGGAACCAGGCAUCUUCUAUGUCAAGGAUGCCCUACACAUUCUCCAUUGUCUUUCUCUCUCGACCCAAACUGACGGUUCUUCCCAGUCGACCAGCAACGCACAUGACUGCAGUGUUUAAAGCAGCGUCUCUUUGACAUGCCCUGCUCUCUGACUGGAGUGAACAGGCAGCCGAGGGAUUACAUGAAGCAUUUUGUAACAUUUGUUACCUCAAAGCAAUGACUUUUGGAUGGAACUCCGUGUUUUUUUAAAAAUCAUGUUUGCAUAAUCCAGGGUCCAGGUCUACAUAUACCUUUCAUGACAAUAGACAAUGACAUGUUUUCAUGUGAUGUGCAAGAAUUAGGUGGAUCCUGGACACAACUGACUGUGUUUCAAAAGCAGUUGGUUUUGUGGUGGAUUAGAGUUCAGGAUGCCUGAAAGAGUAAACUUUAUUCAGAUGCAGGUUUUUAGCUGUUUCAUGUCGAGUGACUGAAGCAGCUGAAAACCAAGAUCAGUCGGGAGGCAUUCUGUUUGUAUGUCUAUUCUUCCUUUUUCUUUCUUUUUUUGUAAUACAGCUGAAGAAAUAUUGAUGUAUAUGAAUCGUAAAUAAAUGGAAAGAGUUCUCUUUCCCACACUGA